AUGGCCACAAGGUCAUCCGACUGGCUCCAGCAGACCCCCGGAGUGGACACGGUCCACCAGCCAGACAUGCGGCCAUCCUGGGACUCGGAGCCCCGGUUUUGGCAGGAUGUUCUGACAGAGCAGCUCUGGCAGAUUUUUACUGGGACCCAGGAGCGCCCAAGACGCAGGACGACAGAGCAGGCGCCAGGCCAGGAAAGCCAGGAGCCAGCACCACGAUACUUGGGAGUGAAACUGCUCCCCAAGGACACUUUGGUUCUCAGCCCAGCUACGCCCUCCCCCAACUCCUCUGAGGGCUCCCGAAAGGGAAGCACAGGACUGGGCACUGUAGGAGAGGGGGUGUUCUCCCACAUGGCCCAGGAGCUUCCUGUAAAAACCUAUCAAUUUCUGAAGCCCAUAUGCUGGGACCCUGAGGACUUUGAAAACACGUGGAAUAGGCCUGAUGCCUUGCCCUGGCAGUCCAAGAAGCUGGCCGUGCCACACAGAGUGGAGAAGAUACGGAGGCUAGAACAUGGGGAGCCCGUGCUGGCCACGGCCGUCAGCAGCUUCACGCGGCACGCCUUCACCUGUGGCAGGGGUGGCGUCAAGGUGUGGAGCCUGGUCAGCCAGGUGGUGGAGGCCAGGUUUCCAGAGAGCUACCUGCGUGUACAGACCCAGGGGGCCUACCUGCGUACUUGCUUGCUGUUCUCAAACAGCACAGCCCUGCUGACGGGUGGCCACAACCUGACCAGCGUGAGCCUGUGGGACCUGACAGCACCUUCCCUGUAUGUGAGAGCGGAGCUGCCCUGUGCGGGCCUCACUUGCCAGGCCCUGGCCGCCAGCCCUGAGGACAACCUGGCCUUUGCCGGUUUCACCGAUGGCAGUGUCAGGAUCUGGGACCUGCGGAACCAGAGCGUGGUCAGGGACCUGCUGGGUCACCUGAACGGUGCCAAGAGCAUCGCUGUCAAAGACCAGCACAUCUGGACAGGGGGUCUGGACGCCUGCCUGCGGUGCUGGGACCUGAGGACCACUGGGGAGCCCCAGGAAUACCAGUUUGAGUCUCAGAUAAUGAGCCUGUCCCCCAGCCCCUGGGAGGACUGGGUGCUGGUGGGCACAGCCAAUGGCCAGCAGUGGCUGCAGCCCAGCCUUGGGGGCCAGAAGCACAUGGUGGGGUGUAAGGACGGCACCAUCCUCGGUCUCAAGUUCUCCCCGCUGGGCCAGUGGUGGGUGAGCGUGGGGACGGACAACCUGGUCAGCGUCUUCAGCAUGCCCAUGGGGACCACAGUGGUCCAGGUACCUGAGACGUCCUCCAUCAUGUGCUGUGACGUGUCCCCCAGCAACCAUCUGAUCGUCACGGGGUCCAGGGACCACGCCUCAGUGUACCAGAUCACAUACUGA